AUGUCGUACUCAAAUGGUGGCGGCGGUACACUUACUCUGCCAUCUCCAACCCACGUGCGCCAUGUGGAUGUGACCUCUGCCGUCAGAUCUCUGCGACGAUCGCUAUCGCGUUCCCCGUCCAAAUUCCGCCUCGUCACGAAAUCUCCCAGCUCGUCGCCCAAGUCGCCUCUGUCGCCCUCGCCGUUAUCCCCUCCCAAGCGAAUCUCCUCCCACAAUUCAAUUUUCAGCAACAGUCCCAGCAACCCGCCGCACACUCCCUCACCUUUGGCUGUACCGUUUCCGCCGAGCGUAAAACUGGCUCUUCGAUCGUCAACCCGUAGCAAGGCAGCCGCUCCCCGACCUGCAUCCCGAACUCGAACAUCUCCUAAAAGCCCAGUGAAACGCGCUUUGAGCCACGCGUCGGACUCGGGCAACGCGACUCCUCGUUCUUCGGCCGGAUCUGCAGGUGGACAAGAAAAUAACAGUAGCAAGGCGAGCCCCGCGGAGCUCAAGGGCCUGGAUAGGGUCGCCCGGAUGUCAUACAGUCACGACAUCUCCGCGCCGAUCAACCAGGCGCUGUCCAGGCUGGGCGGCGACGGUGCCAAUGAUAGCCCGAUGGGAUCUUCGACCUCGAGCCCCCUCAAGCGCAGUGAUGCGAUCAUGAAUCUUGACCAGGCUAGCUUGGGAAGCCCAGUUGCGAAGAGAAGAAGUUUGCACGGCUCCGCCAGCUUCGGCCACGAUUUCAACGUCUUCGAUCAUGGUCCCGCGCCGUCUUCGUCGCAAUUCGACAUUCAUGAUGAUUCAAAUCACGAGUAUGAGUUAUCUACUGCAUCUGUCACACAUGAGAAUCCCUCCGCAGUCACAUCAAUGCCGAGGAGAUCAUCUUCACUGCGAAAAUCGACUCUACAGCAACGACACGGCGAGAAGACUUCGUGGGGUAGGAGACAGGCAGCCCUGGCAUUAGCCGCUCAGCAGCUGGCAAAUUGUGGACCACAAAUUUCUACGCCUGUCAAAGCGAAGGACCGCCCUCGUCUAUCCCUAGAUCAGUUCAUGCCUCCGUUGGCUCGGGACAGUCCCUUUUCCUCCCAGGGCAGCUUGCCAAAUGCCUCGAACCACUUUAUCCAUCAAGGAAUCCACCAACCUCACCCUCUCUCCCGGACCAUGACAACCUCCUCAUCGAGCUCAAGCGUUCCCGACGAUUCUCCAACCCAUGUUCCAGUCCAAUUUGGCGAGCGACUACGACCGAAACUAGACUUUUCCAAGUCGCUCCCCGCGGGAUCAUUAAGACCCUUCUCAUUUGACAAGCAGUCCGGUGAUGACACUUCGUUUGCUACUCCGCAAAACUACAAGUCUGUUAAGCCUCAUGCAGCUGCUUUUGCUUCUACGGGUCUUAUAUCAAAAGUCAACAGAAAUCCGGAACAGCUGCCAGUAGUCCGUGGGAGCAGCAAGGGAAAUGUGCCUGAUACCCCCUGCAAGAAGCAUGUCAGUGGCUUCUCUACCUACCCUGCCCCUGUCCCGGGAAGCGCGAUUGCAAAGGCAAGACACAUCCGACACUCCUUCGGAACUCCAUCAACUCCUUUCAAUCCACACGGGAAUCAGGCCGUUCAGGGUGUCUUUGGAAAGCCGAGUGGUGUGUUUGGCAGCACCUUCGGCAACAGACGGGGCAGCUUUCUCAGCCUUGACGGAGAUGAAAAUGGGGGUUCACCUGAUGCAAAGGGAGGUCGAGUGAAUGAUUUUGACCUACCACCAACCCCUACCAAGCAGGCACUCGCCCAGCAGCACUACAGUGGGAGCCCUAGCGCCAACCGGAACUAUGCAGCUUCUACAUCCGCCGUGGGAUACGGACUGGGCAAAAAAUUGACCAGAACAAGUAGUAAGUUGAACCUUUUUACAAGUCCAGACAGUCAGGGAUCGUAUGAGAGUGACGGGUCAAUCGAUGUCGGUGGCUCUCCAACACCUGCUGCGUCACACCGAGAUCCUCUCAAAUCUUCGGACUCGGUGCCGUCCUUCAGCAGGUCCCGGACUCAGCGUGCCCUGAACCAACGUUCUCCGGCGCCUAUGAUACCCAAAGCUCUGACUACUACUUCCCUUAUCAGUCCUGCGAGUAGAUUGGGCUUUGCUAAAUUUGGUCACGUUGCUCCAGCCAGUCCGUUGGAGCGAAUAGAUUUCAUGGAGAGAAUAUCACCCCGUACCCCUCAGGACAGCAUUCUUCCACCCGACCCGAGUGGUCUCUCAAUCUCGAAUCCCAGAGAUAGUCAAGCCUCCCAGCAAGCUGCACAGAGCAUGCUUCCACCCGCAACACCAACAACAGGCCGCGACUACUUCCCGAGGUUCAGCGACCGACGUCUCAGCACUACCCCGGUAAGUACUUUCGCGCCAUCAGACAUCGACAACGCUCUGCUGGCACGAUUUGAGAAGGUUGAGAUGAUUGGUUCUGGCGAGUUUUCCCGCGUGUACCGGGUCGUGCAAUCAGCCACUCGUCCAGCCUCCGCUCCGUCAUUCUCCUACAGCCAACCCGGCUCGCCCCUAUCGAGGAAAUCUCCCUCAACGCCAAUGCCGGAACGUGUCUUCGCAGUCAAGAAGACAAAACAACCUUACUUGGGUACCCGGGACCGUCAACGGAAGCUGCAGGAGGUUACUGUGCUCAAGGCACUCGGACAUUCUGAUCACGUCUUGAACUUUGUAGACAGUUGGGAAGAGACGAGCCACUUGUACAUUCAGACCGAAUACUGUGAGGAGGGCAGUCUUGACCUCUUCUUGUCGGAAGUUGGUCGUAGGGGACGAUUGGACGAUUUCCGGAUUUGGAAAAUCUUGUUGGAAUUAGGAAAGGGAAUCAAACAUGUUCAUGAUUCUGGUUUCAUUCACCUGGACCUUAAACCUGCCAACAUCUUCAUCACUUUUGCAGGUGAUCUCAAGAUUGGAGAUUUCGGGAUGGCUGCCAGCUGGCCCGCUCAAGCCGGAAUCGAGGGUGAAGGUGACCGCGAGUACAUUGGUCCUGAGAUUCUCAUGGGUCAAUACGACAAGCCCUCAGAUAUAUUUGCACUUGGUCUCAUCAUCCUGGAGAUCGCAGGCAACGUCCAGCUUCCCGACAACGGCCCAACAUGGGCUCGCCUCCGCUCUGGUGACAUGAGCGAUGCUCCCAGUCUGACGUGGAGUACCGACAGCAACCUUCCAAGAGACGCGACUGGAACCCCCAUGGAAGACAGUGACAUGAUCUCGGAACCCUACAUGAGCGACGAUGAGAUCGAGACUGGCUUUGGAUCGCCUAUCAUGGUUAGCCGUAGCAAGCGAGGCUUCGGCAAACAUUCCGGCAGAUCCAUGUCUCAUGACCCAGGAAACCUCUUCGGCUCAAUCAGAGGCGGUGAACUCCACUCAGCGCCCUUGUUCAUGAGAGACCAGCAUCAUGAACAUGCGCUCGACAAGCUCGUCCGGUGGAUGAUCUCGCCGACGCCUGCAGACCGUCCGGUGAUCAACGAGCUCCUCAGCCACGGUGGUCUCACAUGGGUUGCGCAGCGCCGACGUGCUGGCGCGACCGUCUUUGAAGGCAACUGGGGCCCGGCUGAUGCCGUGCUGGCGGACGAUGCGGAGAUGAUAGACGUUUGA